GAGACAAAGAGCCUUCCCCUGGAGGUGGCAUUAAUGCAAAUGGUGUCCAAGCAAAAUCGGCAUGAGAAUGUCUUGGAGCUGUUUGAGUGGUUCGAGAUGUCGGACUGCUACAUUCUGAUCUUGGAGCGACCCAGCCCCUGCACAGACCUCUGGAAAUUCCAGGAAAAACACGGUUGUUGGCUGUCAGAACCACUGGCACAACAAUUCAUGCGCCAAGUGGUUCAGGCUGCUCGCCACUGCUGUGACUGUGGUGUCCUGCACCGUGACAUCAAGCCAGAGAAUAUUCUGAUCAACACCGACACACUGCAGCUGAAGCUGAUCGACUUUGGCUGUGGUGAUUUGCUGCAGGACACCCCCUACAGAUAUUAUGCAGGAACCAGAGCUUACAUCCCACCUGAGUGGUUAUGUGAGGGAGAGUAUUUCGGUGUUCCUGCUACCGUCUGGAGUCUGGGAAUUCUUUUGUUCAUCAUGGUGUGUGGAGACUAUCCCUUCCAGUGCGAAGAAGACGUCAUUAACCGCAAUAUGCACUUCCCUGAGGGCCUGUCUGAAGGUUGCCGUGACCUGAUCUUAUGGUGUCUGGCGCGACAUCCUCCCUCCCGCCCAACAUUCGAGGAAAUCCUCAGCCACAAGUGGUUUGAGGAACCUCAGAAGAACAUCAAGGAUGGCAUGACCAAUUUUAAGUUUGAUGUUUUGAGUGAAGUUGAUAUGGAGGAUGUGGGCACAAAUAAUGGUUGGCCUGGAUGUCCUGGUGUUGCUCUGAAGAUGUACUUGGGUCCACUCCCAUAUCUCACUGCUCUGGAAAAAACACUCGUCGAAGGCUGGCACAUCGGUAGUUUCGCCCGUCCAAGGGAGGGGGGGUGUAUGGGCUGGUAUCCGAGGAUGCAUUGGAACAUAGUGAGGUUCAUGGACAACACAUUAGACCUUACACCUAGGGGUCACUAUGAGGUCCACGGCGAAGACAUGGAUUCAACCCCAGCAACAGGCUCUACCAGCCAGCGAUUUGCAUUCAUGCGUACACCGGCAGUGGCUUCUGCAGGUUCACCUUCACAGUGGGCUAUUCCAAGUCCCUCCACGGCCACCAAAACAUUUCAGAGGUAG